AUGGUAUUUGAGAACAUCGUCGCUCAUGAGGUUUAUGAGAUGGUGCUGUCUCUCAUGAAUAAGGACAAGUUUCCUCAGGUGGUGAAGGUCUCCAUGGAGAGCUCACCUUACUUCCAGCUCAUGAGCUCCAACAACGCGUACCGUGUCGUGCUGCCGGGCGCCUCUGCCCCUGUGCGCGUCCGCUUCACCCCCGACGAGAGCAAGGAUUAUUCCCACGAGUUCGUCUGCGUCACUGCCAGGGAAAGGAUCGUUGUGCCAAUUGUGGCCAUUGGUGCCCGAGCUGUGCUGGACCUCCCUGCCCAGCUGGAAUUCUCCAAGUGUCCAGUCAAGCACAGCACCCAGCAGACUCUGCUGGUGCGCAAUGUCGGUAACGUGAAAGCUCGGUACCAGCUGAGCACCCCGAGCCCUUUCUCCGUGGUGCCGGCCACAGGAACUCUGGGCGCUGGUGAAACCCUGAAGGUGACAGUGACAUUUCACCCGCUGACCAAGGGUGACCAUUGCAGCCUCCUGAGCUGCAGCUCAGGUAAAGAAAAAAUCCACACAAAGCUCCAUGGAGAAGCUGUAGAUGUCAACGUUGGGCUGAGCACAAAUUCCGUGCAUGUUGACACCACCUACAUCACCACAUCUACCCACAGAACCGUGUUCAUUGAAAACAGGAGUAACAUCACAGCCCACUUCCAGUGGAAGGCUUUUCCUACUGAGGAACGUGAGAAUGAAGUGAAGAGGAGGCGGAGCAGUUUGCUGCACUCACUGAGCCAGGUGAGGCUGGAAAAUUUCACAGAGGAGAAAAAAAGAGAGGAGGAGAAAGAUGAAGAUGGCGCUGCCCUCCUGACCAGCAUGGCCGAGGAGAAGAUGGCAGAGGUGCAAGAAGACCCCAUUAUGUUCUCCGAUGACGUUUUUUUCAUUGAGCCAAUGGAGGGAGAAAUCGGGCCCAAUUGUUCGGCCGCAAUCAGGGUGACCUUUAAACCCCUGGACGUACUGGGGUACCAAAGUAUGGCUUACCUCAGCAUCUCAGGCCGUGAGAUGAGGCUGCCGCUGCGCCUCAGAGGGGAAGGCCAAGGACCCUUGGUUGAAUUCAGCUCUCAUACACUGAACAUUGGGAAUGUUUUUGUCAACUCUUCCCACAUCCAUGAGGUGAAACUGAUAAACCAAGGAGCUCUUGAUGCUCCCUUCAUCUAUAUCCCUUCAAUCACCGAUGUGGGCUCCUGCUUCCAGUUUGAGCCCGAGGAGGGCACCAUUCCAGCAGGUGGGAGCCAGACUAUUCACAUCUCCUUCAGUGCCACCGUGCUGGGGAGCUUUGAGGAGGAGGUCCAGUUCAGUGUGGCUGGAUCUCCCAUGCCUGCCAUCCUGACCAUCAAGGGCAGCGUCACUGUGCCGAGUUUAGAGUUCGAUGUCGAUGAGAUCAACUUCGGUGAGAUCUCCUUUGGCUUUCCCCACACGCAGUGCUGCCGCCUCACCAACAGCUCCCCAGUGCCCGUGACGUUCCAGCUCCGCAUGUCGGACGAUGGCACGCAGCCGGCUGUGGACAGCCUGGAUCAAAUACGCAGAGAAGGUGACCCAUCCUGGAGGAACGGAAUUCAUUUCUAUCUGGAGCCCAAGGAGUUCAGCAUCAAUCCCAGCCAAGGCACCAUCCUCCCUCAGGGACACCAGGACAUCGAGGUGACCCUGUGCUCCAACAGCGUGGUGGAUUUCUACCGGAGAAUGCUGGUGGACCUGGAGGGUUUUGGCAAGGGAGUGACAGCACUGGUCAUCACAGCCAGAUGUCUCGUUCCUGAGCUGCGAGUGUACCCUGAAAUCCUGCUGUACGAUGAGUGCCACCUGAAUGUGCCAUACGAGAGGAAGUUCCUCAUUGCAAAUGACACCGACUUUCCUGGCUGCUACGGGCUUAUUCCCCAGGAACGCGAGGAGGACUCUCCUGUGCUCUACUCCAGCCCCAAGCCCUGUGGGAUUGUCCAGCCUCACAGCUUUGCCGAGGUCCCCGUUAUAAUCAAAGUCCAAACACUGGACAAGCAUCGCACCGACGUUCUCAUCGGCGUGUUCGGGGAUGAGAGAAACCCCCUGAGACCAGAAUUACGGAGUACUGGACAGCUGGCAGAAAUCUACCCAAGUCCCAGGCUGAUAGAGUUUGGCAAGAUCCCAGCACUACAGCCUACUUCACGAAGUCUUACCCUCUUCAACAAAGGUCUUGUCCCUGCAGACUUCAGGAUGGAGGUUGUUCGCAAACGCCACUGCUGUACCAUUGAACCCAGCGAAGGAGUGAUCCCUGCUGGGGGUGAGGUGCCUGUGACUGUCACAGCUACCCUGGAUGACAGGGGGCUUUUUUCUGUCCCUGUCCGGGUGUUCAUUGGGAGCAGCCUUAGCACCGCCUUCGGGCUGGUGGCUUUGGGCACUGGCACCACAAUUGUCAUAGACAAACCAUUCGCCCCAGAGCUCAACCUGGGAUACCAAUUCAGCCUCGUGCCCUGUAUUUGUCAGUUCAAAGUAACAAACAGGGGCCACCAUUUCCAUCGGCUCUUCUGGAGUGUGGACUGCUACAGCCCACCUGAGCAGGAGGGCCAGAGUGUCUCAGCCCUCAGCAGGCCCAAGGAUGAUUCCCAGAGCCCCAGACGUGCCGAGCCUUUGUUUGGGCUGGAGCCGCUGUCGAUGGACCUGCAGCCAGGCCGGUGUGAGGACAUGGUGCUGCGAGGCUUCUCCAGCAUCGCACAGGAGGUGCAGGAUUAUGUGAUGUGUGAAGCUGUCAGUAUGGCAACCAGCAGGACUGAGAAGAUAAUGGAGACAGUCAUUACCUGCAAGUUUAUUCACCCUUCUAUAGAAUUGUCAGCCAGACACUUCUCUUUCCAGGUGACCAAGAAACCCAGUGAUGUCCUGAGGCUGCACUACCAGCCUUUGGCUAUAAAAAACACUUGCCUGCUGCCACUGGACCUUAUGCUGGGCUUGGAGCAGCCGUUCCUGGUCUGUGAUAAGAAGAAGCAGCCCCUCCCAGGUGGCCAGCCUGUGAGAGUGGAUGUAGGAGACACCUGCCAUCUCUACAUCGCAUUUGACCCAGCUUAUGAACUGGAUUAUAAGAGCUGGAAAACAGAGAAGCUUCUGAAGAUAGACAUGGUCAGGGGCCAUCCUCUUGUGGAGCGUGUCAUCCUUUGGGGAGAAGUGUACUUCCCAAAUCUCCAAAUGCAGUCCAGAUCCCUGGAGUUUGGCUGCAUCGUGGCUGGCACUGAAGAAGUGCGUUCUCUGAAGAUAACCAACUGCAGCCCACUGCCCGUCCAGUACCACUGGUCAUUCCAUUCCAAGAGCCAGGUUUACAGGUUGAGAUAUGAGCUUAGCUCAGCUAAAUUCAGACCCCGACCACCCAAGGAGAGGAGAACCAGUUUGCAUUCCGCGUCAUCUCUCAGGAGACGCCUCAGGUUUAGAAAUGUGGAGGAGUCAACCACAGCCCUGAAAGAAUCGCAGGAUUCUGCACACUCUUCAGUAACAGAGGUGCCACGGUAUUACAGCCAACUAGAGUUGGCGGGAACCAUGCCCCCCAGGGAUGUACUGCACACUCCCGUGGCCACGGAGGAGGUUUUCAGUAUCCUGCCACUGUCAGGUGUGCUGCAGCCAGGAGAGAGCCAGCAGGUCUCCUUCACCUUCUGUAGCCAUUUCAACACCAUCUCCUAUGUCACGGCGCUGUGCUACGUGGAGGGAGGCCCCACCUACGAGGUGAUGCUCACUGGGGAGGCCUCAUGCAUCAGCUACUCCGUGAGCCCCCGGGAGACCUACUGUGGCUCUCAGCUGUUUAAUGAAAUUCAUCACAGCAAUGUCACCCUGGAGAACACUGGCAAGAUGGAAUUCAGCUGGGUGCUAAACCCUAGCCCUGCAGACCAGCGUCUGCCUGGUGUGUUUCUGGUCAACCCCACCACUGGCUCCAUUGCACCUGGUGAGAAGCAAGUGCUGGAGUUCUCUUACAUGCCAGGAUUACCAGGAGCCUUCAGCAGGACUUACCACCUUAAAGUGGGUGACCUGGAACCAGAAAACAUCCGCCUGAAAGGAGAAGCAUCCUUUCCCAUGAUCACUUUGAACCUGCCCUGGAACAUCAAAGGAGAUGAAACACAUGAGAAGCCUCUGACACAGCCCGUAAAACCCAGUCAGAGGAAUAAAUCAGGUGCUCGGAAGAAGACUCAGAGCCUGAAGACCGAGACCUUGAAGUCUCAGACCGCAGAAGCUGAGACUCCAAAGAGUCUGAUUCCGAAGACUGAGGACCUGCAGCCCAGCGUGCUUGCCUCUGGCACUGCAACAAACACUCAGCUGCAGUUAAACAUGGUGAGGAACCUGGUAGUGAAGGCUGCUGUGGAGCUGCAGGAACAGUUCAUGUCCCAUCCCCCGACGAGCAGCUUCCCUGACAAGGAGCUGUGCCAGAGCCUUGUCAAAGUUGAGCUGCCCGAGUAUGUCCUGGACAUGGGCACUGUCCGUAAGGGUUUCACUGAGAGAAGCACUCUGGAGAUCACCAACCACGGGCAGAUCCCAGUGUCCUUCCAGAUCCAUGUAUCUGUCCUGGAGAACACAGGUUUCAGCGUGGACCUGGACACGGUGGAGAGCCUGCCCCACAGCUACAUCAAGACAUUUGACGUGCGCUUUGAAAGUGCCCGGCGGCCACGGGGUGACGUGGAUGUGGUGCUGCCCAUAGAGGUGGCAAAAGGCCCCACAUAUAACAUCCGUCUUCAUGCCACUGUGUCUGAGCUGUCAAUCGAACUUUCCAAGAACAUUGUGCACUACUCUGCUGUCGUUGUUGGGCAGUACAAGGUUGAGACAGUCCACCUCUACAACUGGUUCCGAGUACCCUGCAAAUGGUCCAUCAAGCCUGUUCAGAAGAACAAUCACUGCAAAUACAUGACACCAGCCGUUCGUCAGAAGCAGCAGGCGCUGGAGUAUGAGCCCUGUCCCUUUGAAGUGAAGCCCUCCAAAGGAACCCUUGAUCCAGGAAGGUGCCAGAAUCUGAAAAUCAAGUUUACACCCAAGGAGGAGAGGUCUUACAGUAAUGAGCUGGAGCUUAACAUUUUUGGGAGCAGCAAUCACUUCAAGCUGUACCUCUCAGGACAAGGUCUGGAGCCACGGCUGGAGUUCAGCCCCCCAGAACUAGAGAUGGGAUGGAUGCUGGUGGACAGUGAUGGGGUGGAGGCCACAGUGGUGGUGAAGAACCCGUGCAACUUCCCCAUUGAGUUUUACGCCCUGGAUUUUGAUGAGCAGUACCUUGAGAAGAAGAUCCUGCGGAUGGCAGAGGAGUCUGAGGAUCAUGAAGCACAGAACUGGCUGAAGACAGAGCUCGAGGCCAGGGCUGAGGCUGAGGCCAAGGCCAUGGGCAAGGCAGUGGCAGCACAUCACAGAGCUCUCACAUUCCAUCCUGAGUCCGUGGCGAAAGUGGCUGGGAUUCCUUUCUCUCGGGCUGUCCUGCGCCACCCGGGCCCUGCCCUGUCCUCACGGAGGCGCGAGGCGCAGCCCCACCGAGGGAUUGCUGUCAUCGUCCAUGGGCCGCCCCGGGCAGGAAAGACAGAGAUAGCAGCAGGCCUGUGUCAGUAUUACGGCGCUGCUCACGUGUCCAUCGACACCGUGGUGAAAGAGGCCAUGGCCAACAACCAGAGCCCAGGGGGGCUCCGUGCCCGGCUGCUCUGCACCCAGGCUGCCAUGGAGCAAAAAGGUAAAAAGCCCCAGCUCACUGCUCAGAGCAAGAAUAAAGAAGCCGCUGAGGAAAACAUCUACAAGAAGUAUGCCAAAGGCACGAACCUUCCAGCACAAAAGAAGGAGCCAGCCAACAAACCCAAGUUCACAGUUUCCACUGCUCCAGCGCCCCAGCAGCUGAGCAUCAGCAGCAGUCGUGGGGAAGAGCUGAACUGCUUGAGCUGUGUGCUGCCCGAGGAGCUGCUGGUGGACAUCCUCAGUGAGAGGCUGCAGCAAAAAGACUGCUACAAGGGAGUGGUCUUUGAUGGCUUGGAGAGCCUCUUUGCAAGCAGCCUGGAAUCUUCUUUGCUCUGUGUACUCAGAGCUGUCAAGAACUGUCAUCAUAUCUACGUGGUGAACCUGCAGCAGGAUUAUGCUUCUUGGAAAGCCAAGAACAAAGCUGAAAGAAAGAAGAAGGAAGCUCAAAGAGAGAAGGAAGUGAAUGAGUAUGAUGCCCUCCCUGAGGAGAAGAAAGCAGAAGUGGAUAAAACAUUACAGGAAAGGAAGAGAACACAGACGGAGGGGGAGCUGAAGCAGUCAGCUCAAAAGCUUGAGGAGGAGGCAAAAGCCUUAGAGGAGAAAGAGAGGCAGAAGGAGGAAGAGAAGCCGAAGAAGGAAAAGAAGGUUGUCUCCUUCGGGAAGCAGCCUCCAAAACCAAAGGAAAUCAAAGCUCCAGAGAAGAAGGAAACCAAAGCCCCAGAGAAGGGGGCACCCAAAGCCCCACAGAAGAGAGGAACCAAAGCCCCACAGAAGAGGGGAACUAAAGCCUCUGGGAAGGGGAAAACCAAAGUCCCCAAGGACCCAGCUGAGAUCUUGAUCCUGAGGUUUCAGAUCUAUGAGUCAUCACAGCAGGACAUGGCACAGGUUUUCUCCUACUGGGACAGGGUUCAGGGUACCGUGCAGUUACCCGUGAUCCAAAAGGGAAACAAGUCCCAGCCUGCAGCUGGAAACAAAGGUUGGAGGACCAGUAAGCCUCAGGAGAAGGUGAAGAAGCAGCCUAAACCAAGACAUGAAGGCCAAAGGAGUCUUCAGUCAUCUCAGCUGAGGACACAAAGCAAAGUUGCAGAAGGGGCAGUCAGAGACAAGCAUGUCGGGGUGCCGUGCUUGGACAUCCAGGUCACAGAUCCGAAGGCCAUGAUUGGGCAGAUCCUGAUGGAUGGGAAGCUGCCAACGGAGGAACAGCUGCUGAAACAUCUGGGACUGCAUCCUGACGGCCCUCCCCUUGCCCCUGGUGCUGCGCUCUCCAUAGUGGAGUACCCAGAGGCCAAGGCCCCACAUGCAAAGGGCAGUUUUGCUGAGAGGCAGCCAAAGAGGGGUAAAGUGGUCAGCAGUGUCAGGUCUGUAAAGGAGAAACAGAUCUCCACACAGAGAACAGAAAGCUCCCAGGAUUCCUCUGUAACAAGACCCCAAAGUCCUUCGAAAGUGCUGGAAAGAGCCUCAACCCCUGCAGCAUUCCUCAGGCUGAAACGGUACCGGUGGAAAGUGCCUGCCCAAGGUCAGGUGGAACUGAAGGUCAACUUCUUCACCAAAAAGCCAGGGAAGUUUGAGCAGACAAUGAAGUUUGAGAUCGUGCUGUCAAAGCGCCAGUACGAGGUGCCCUGCAGUGUCACCGGCCUGUACCCCAGCAUCAUCCAGAACCCACGGCUGGUGUUUCCACACUGGAGGGAGACCAUGGAGGAGGAUGAAAUCAUCUUCAAAGAAUAUGUUGAGAGCACAAAGCAAUUCCACUUUGGACCACUGCUGUGUGGGAAAUCAAGAGAGUGGUACGAGGUCCAGAACUGUCCCGGCAACUCAGAGAAGCUAACCAUCUUCAACAGCUCCCCCAUGGUCAUAGAGGUCUACUUCUCUUUUGAGAAAGAUUGGAAAACAAGGACCUUCGUUGCGGACCCUCGCCGCAUGACCCUGAAACCAAAGGAGAGGAAGGAGCUGACCAUUUGGGCAUACCCCACCUCCCCUGGCUUCCUGGAAGACAAGCUCAUCUGCACCAUUAGGAAGAACCCGGAGCCAGUGGUCUUCAGCCUGUGCUGCCAUGGGGUGGACAUGAAGCUGGAGGUCAGCCCCCUGCAGCUGUCUUUUGACAAGCUGCUUCUGCACAGGGCUGACAGCAGGACCUUGGUCCUGAAAAACAACACCCUACUGCCCAUGGUCUGGCAGCUCCGUGGGCUGGGUGGCCUUGUUGAGGACUUCUCCUUGUCACAAGAAAAUGGCAUCCUUGAUCCCCACUCAGAGUUUCAAGUGACGCUGCAUUUCAAGGCUGAGCACAUUGGCAGCAUUGAGAAGAUCCUGGAACUAGAGGUUUCAGAUACAGAAAACAUCCUGGGGAAUUUUCAGACUGAAAACAUCAAAAUCUCUGCAGAGGUCUAUGAAGUUUCUCUGAGCAUUGACAUGCCUGAAGGUGCAGAUGGAAGCUUGGAAUUUGGAACCAUUAAUGUCCUGGAUAGAGUGAAGAAAGUCCUGAGUCUACAGAACAAAGGAGUAUACAACAUUGAGUACAGUUUCACGCUGAAGGGUGCAGGUCCCAAGAUGCAAGACUUGGCAUCCCACUUCACUGUUGAGCCUCAGUCAGGCGUGCUGAUUGCCUCCCGGCCUGGUGAGAAGGUUGAGAUGCUCUUCCACCCCACCAGUGAAAUGGUCCUCAAGAACAACCCCAUCCUGUACUGCCAGGUGGCAGAUGCCAGCCCAGGUCGAGGACGCCCGGCUGUUGCCAACAUCCCAGUGAGGGUGUCGGCCGAAGCGGAGUACAGCAAGUACAGCAUUGUGCCUGCCUCACCCACCGACUUCGGAGCCAUGAUCGUGGGCACCAGGAAGACCCGGAGUGUUGUGCUCAAGAACAUAGGCAUGGCCGAUUUCAAAUUCUGCAUCCGCCAAACACCCCAGCUUGCAUGUGCGUUGGAAAGCAAAAGUUCAAAGCAAAGGAAAUCUAUUCCAUCAGCUACAAAGCGCUCGGCAGGAAAGGAAUCAAGCUUCUCAACACAGAGUCACCUCAAUCUUGGCGCGUUCACGGUGUCCCCCUGCUGUGGCUCCAUCCGGCCGUGUGGCCUGCAGGUGAUCAAAGUGGAGUGCCUCGCAGGGAAGGAGGGGACAUGUGAGCAGCAGCUCUACAUCGACAUCAUGGGCAGAGACCCCAAGGACAAUCCCCUCGGCAUUCCCUUCACCCUGAUUGUCGAGUCCUGCCUCCCAGCACUCGUUCAGGAUGUCGCGUCAGUCUUCAAGGACUACCCGAUCUGCAGCAGCACCGAGCUCGAGUACAAGCUGCAGUCGCUGGAAGGCAUGGGCCUGUUCGUCAGAGAUGAGAACAGAUUCAUUUUCAACAAGGUUCUGGUUGGGCAGGAGGCAGAAGCUCAUUUCAGAAUUUGCAAUGCAGGCCGUCUGCCAUGUGACGUGGCCCUCUCCAUCCUGCCUGGAGAGGAACAAAUCCCUAUCAACAACAUUUUCAAUCUGGAUCCUAUCAAGAUGUCCAUUCGUGGCUCAUCCUCUGCCAUUGCUACGGUGACCUUCACCCCGCCAGACAAGCAGAACUACGACUGCACCUUCAAGGCUUCCCUUGUCAUCCCCAAAGGCUCUGUGGAAGUUCAACCCCAAAUCCUGACCUUCACCAUCAGUGGGAAGGGGCAGGAGCUGCCGGUGACAGUCGUGCGCCCAAAUGCUCGCAGCAAGAGGGGAACGGCCGUGCUGCGCUUCAAGAGGCUCCAGCUGGAGCAUUCAGAGAUGCUCCCCCUGGUCCUCCGUAACAGUGGCACCAAACCUGUCAAGUUUAUGUUACAGCUGGAGGAUGAGCAUGGAGUGUUCUCCUUGAAAGGCAGGGCCUUCACAUUCAAGACAGUCCUCACUGGCGAUAUGGAAGAGGACUCCGUCAGAAACGAGACCAAGCCCCCAAAGCAGACUUUCGUCCUUCUGCGUCAUGGGCAAUCGGCACAGUUUAAGGUCAUUUUCAAACCCACUCUGGCUCAACGUGUGGAAGGGAAGAUUGCUCUGUUAGUGGGGGACAUCUGCAUGACCCUGGUUGAGCUGGUGGGUGAAGGCCACAAUGAUGAAUUCACCCUUGAUGGAUUAAAGGAAGACACCCAGGAGAGGAAUGCUAAGAGCAGUCUGAGGAAAGACAUCAUUGAUGCUGUCAGAGUGAACCACAUCGAGUUUGGGCACUGUCCUGUCGGGAAGCGCUGCCGCAGGACCUUCACCAUCACCAACCGCACCCUUACGCAGGCCAUGCGCUUUGAGUGGGAUGCAGACGCCCCAUUCCAGUUCUCCCCCAAGGUGGGACACCUCCAUCCUGGCUGUGCCAAGGGCAUCACAGUGAUCUUGCGAUCAGAUGUCCCAGUCACCUUCAGAAGGCACCUUGUGAAAUGUAAGGUGACCAAGAUCAACUUUGAGCUGCCACGAAGGAAGGUUCUAGACUGGGACGACCAAAUGCGCACUGUGACGUGGAAGGAUACCACGUGGAAAGACCCAGCAGCCAGGUGGCCUAAAAAAGAGAAGGUGGUUGAGCCAGUCCCGGAACCAGCUCACACUGUGGUGGAGGAGAGCAGCCAGGAGGCUGAGGUGUACCUCAGUGCUGUUGUUGCCCACGCCCAGUUCAAACUGAGCACAACUGUGGUUGAGUUCAAGGAUACCUUGCCCUUCCAGACAAGGACAGCCUUUUUCAGGCUAUACAACACAGGGAAGAUAUCCCUGGAAUACUCCUGGGAGGAAGCUGGAGAUAGUGAAGCAGCGAUGAGGUCUGCUCUGGCACGUAAUUUCCUCUCCUCUGAAACUUUAAGGCGUUGCAGAAACCUGCUGCAUCGUUUUGGGUGGCAGCAGGACCACGAAACUCAGGCUUUUGAGCUGCGGCUGCUGCAGCGGCUGGCUAAGCACCUGCAGGAUUCCAAGCUGCAGCAGUUCGAGCAGCAGGACCAUCCCAAGAAGCUGCGCAACUCAAAGCGCGUUGGUUCCGCCCUGGAAAUCUUCCCAGAUGCCAUCUAUGACCUGCCACUGUUCUCCAUCAAGCCCUACCACGGCAUCAUCACUCCUGGCCAGAAGCAGGCCUUUCAAGUGCAGUUCUCCCCAAAGUGCGCGGGGAUGUUCCAGACCACCCUGCUGUGCAGAAUUUCUAACCUGAAUCCAACUGAGAAGAUGAGGCAGGUGACUGUGAAAGGCAAAGCCUUGGAGCAGAAGAUUCUUGGUAGGGCCGACGGAGAAAGGCCAGGGAGCCAAGGAUCAGGUGCUCUGGAAAGCAGCACCUGAGGGACAGCAUUUGUGUCAGCUGGAGCUCCUGCAGGAGGCAGCAACAUCGUGCCUUCUGCUGCUGCUGGUCUCCCACCCUUCACCAGAGACCUCUGCAGCUACCCUUCCGAGCUCCAGUGAAGACCUCUAG